UCUAACCGACCACGAAUAUUUCUCAAUCGAUGGAAAAAUAUUUUUUCACUUGUAUUUUAUGAUCAUCUGCAAAUGAAAUUUCUGCUCCAUGGCAAUGGCUGCACAUCGCUUCUUCCCCUAUCUACUUCUAACUCUCUGCAGCCUCCCUCUAUUAUCAGCUGAUGUUUUCCUUAGCAUCGACUGCGGAGCAUCAACCUCGUACAAAGACGAGAGCGGGAUCGUCUGGACCGGCGACUCGCUGUACGCGGCCAACGGCGAGUCCCGCUCCGUUGCGUCUUCCAACUCCUUCUCCCGCGUGAUGGACACCAUGAGAGUGUUCACCACGGGGAGAAGGAAUUGCUAUAACAUCAACACGGGCGCAACGAGGGGGAGACUCCUCGUGCGCGCGCACUUCUUCUACGGGAACUACGACGGCAAGUCCUCGCCCCCGACGUUCGACCUCAGCUUCGACGGGAACGACUGGGCCACGGUGGAGACGUCGAGCACGGAGUCGUACUACUACGAGGUGAUUUACGUCAGCAAGAAGGACUCGAUGAGCGUGUGCGUCGCGCAAACCGUGACAGGGCAGUUUCCGUUCGUAUCGGCCAUUACGGUGCGCAGUUUGGAGCUGUUUUCGUAUAAUAAUAUCGAUUUUAAUCAUCCUUUGUACAUGAGCAGAAGGGUUGCUUUUGGAUCCAAUACUACUAUCAGGUGGCCAGACGAUCCGUACGACAGAUAUUGGUCCCCGAGCGUAUAUGAAAACGGAACGAUCCGAGUCUCGAAUACCGCCCCUUUGGGCGACUCCAUAUUCUUAGAGGAUCGGCCUCCACCUGCGGUGCUAAAGAAUGCGGUUACUGCAAUCACCCCAAGAUCCACCAUAGAUCUCUUCAUGAGAUUCCCUUCCAGACAAGCUCCUGUCUACAUAAACUGGUACUUCUCCGAGGUUGCUGUGUUGGCGCGAAACCAGAUUCGAGCAUUCAGAGUUUUUAAGGAUGAUCUGCCUUACUCGCCCCCGAUUUUGCCGCCUUACGGCAACUGCACUCAGUUCUCCGUCAGUAAUCUCCUGGCGUCUUCGGGCAACACCUUUUCCCUCGUGCCCACCAACUACUCGACACUUCCUCCGCUCAUCAAUGCCAUGGAGGUUUUCUACAUCGGAGACGCACUCACCGAUGGCACCAACGCCAGAGACGUGAGAGGCUUGGCGUCUCUGCAAACCACGUUCAGCAUGCUGAGAAAUUGGAGCGGCGAUCCCUGUCUUCCUUCGCCGUUUUCAUGGGAUUGGAUCGUCUGCAACACUAAUCUCGUACCACGAGUAACGACAUUGUCUCUUGUUGGCUACGGUCUGUCGGGGUUUCUUCCAGAUUUCAGCUCCAUGGAUGCUCUUAGAAAAAUAGAUCUUAGCAACAACAACUUACAAGGGCCCAUUCCUGAGUUUCUUGGAACAUUGCCAAACCUCGAAAUAUUGAAUCUGGGAAAUAACCAGUUCAGUGGAACAAUACCACGCUCAUUAUCAAGGAAAACGGGCCUAAUUUUAACGGUGGAUGGAAAUCCUGGCCUGUGUACAACCUGCUCGACUCCGUCAACAUCGAACUCUUCUGCCGAGAGGAAGCACAAGAAGGUUCUAGAAACGCUUUUCACCACUAUAAUUUCAUCCAUCGUCAUAUUAAAGUUGGGGGAGAGUGGUGUGCGUGUUUUAGUCUAGCGAUAUGAUAAUUAAUUCCUAAGUCCAAAGGUUUUGAAUUCGAGUUUACUGUCAUGUGAUCUUUACAUUUGUUUGUUUGAUUAGGUGGGAGUGUGUGCGUGUGUACUAAAUUUGGAUCACAAUGUGGCUUUUCAUUACAAGUUGUGUUCAUAUUGAUUUGGAUUAAUCUACAUAAAUAUAAUACUCCAUUCGUCUACAAAAAUAGUAUUUUUCGUCAUUU